UCAGAUGGCGGCCAAAUUCCUCGCGUACCUUGGGCGGUUGCCAAAACAAAAACUCGAGCCGCACUCACCCACGCCUUUUAUCUGUCAGUCGCAGCCUUCCAGGUCUUCAAGUGGUCGAGCAAACGUCAGGCUCAUCUCAAGAUCUCGACUUGCACAAUCACUCUCAAUCGCCCCUAUAGCGCUGAUGGUGCCUUGUUGAGCCAAGCGCCCUUUGAUGAGAACCCAAACUGUUUAUACGCUGCUCUUAGCAUGCUCAUGCGCCGUGUUGAACCUAUGUACCGGCAUCUACAUUGUUUUAGCGACAUCUGCAAAGAGCGAUGCGGAAUAUAACGAAGCCUUUUGGGCCGUGAGCAUCGUCGGCUGCCUUUUCUAUGGAUUUGCAGCGAUAGCAGACCUGAUUUCUUGUUUUAAUAUUGGAGAAAGAAGAGCCUGGAAGGGAACCAUGGUUCUGACGAGUCUGAUUGCCUUGGGAUGCGCUGGCACCGUGCUUGGUCGAGCGCAAUUGUCGACCAGUACGCAGCGCAAUUUUGGGUCACGAUACUGUUCAUGGAGAAGCGGCACGCUAGACUCUCCUUGCAAAUGGACGGGAGAGCGCGCUUUGUUGACAGGCUUUGUUCUGUGGAUCAGUGCAGGCGUGGUGCAAGCCAUCUACGCAGCAUUAUGUCUAAGUCGCGGCUUUGUAACUCGUCGUCAACAGCCAUUGCGAACGCCCAUGCGAUUCGGCAUCGGAUCUGGCGAUAAUUCUGUCGUCGUUGAUACGCCUGUACGACAGGGCCAGACAGACAGCCCGACGCUCUCCCUGCAAGAAAGGAAGCUGCCAUUCCGGUAUCCAUUGGCGCGCAAAGAGACAGAAGACAAUGAUGCCUUCACGCUUGAAAAGGUCCUUGCAGUGCAUGAGGGUUCUUCCCUGUCACACUCUGAGCAUUCCAGUGGUGCUGACCGUGCUCUCUCGCAUCACGCAACGCAUUCUUCAGGUCGAGCGAGUCAUCUGGCGCAAGGCUCACAAAGUAGUUCAAAAGCACCGGCUUCUGUCAGAUUCCAUUCUGCACGACCAAGUCAUGCACAGAGCUGGACAUCCUCCCGGCCAAAUAUCGCUUCAGGACUAUCGCCCAUGCCUGGACGUGGAAGGAAAGGUCAGGGUGAAAUCAAGCUUGAUGAGCGUCAGAUCACACCGCAGCAAAGCCCUGAUGCGCCAACAGCAGGCAAUACACCCGAAAGCAAGCGGCGUAGCUCAGCUUGGGAUACAAUUGGUCUGGCCUUGGGCUCGCCCAGCAAAGCCAUUGGUCUGAUCCAGACGCAACUGAACAACUCUCUGAGAGGAAACGCCGGGACACACACAGCACAUUCGAGUACAUCUUCCAGCAAGUCCAAGACUUCAAAGAGAGCCACGACAGGGCUUCGUUUUCACCUUCCAAAACACAGUAUUUCGAAUCUUGAUAUUCCCGCGGUACCAUUCCACACGGGUGACACACCCGAACUCAACAUGUCGCCCAUGACAAUGUCGACGUGCCGUGCAGAUGGACAGAUUGAUGCAAGCUCGCCAGUACCGACAGAACCCACGACGUCACUACCUGGUUCGCCUGUGCGACUACACAAGGGCCCGUACUCGUCAUCGGCUGACUUGUCACCACAAACGAAACCACUCCGACCAAGACUCAAGGUUUCUCCGAUGAAGUACAUGCCGGACAUGAAGAUGAUGUCUGCCGGGCGGUCAGCGACGCUACCUGUCGUCAUUGGCGAACCGGAAGGAUCUCCAACAUUGGCUCUUUCAAAGACUCAAACAACGGGGUUCAAUGUUUCGCCCAUGUCGAUGCAACGCAAGCGGUCAUCGAUCCUUGAUUCACUCAAGCCAAGAUUGCCAGAGGGCAGAUCGCUUUCAAGAGCAUCCUGGCAAGUCGGUGGCAACACUGCGCGGCAACAAUCACCGACGCGCGGUUCAAGACGCAACUCACGACAACUCUCUCCCAUACGACGUCUCAAAUCACAGCAAGACAACGGAACGGCUGGUACACGACGUAUGAGUGAUGCAGAUUUGGCAUUUACAGAAUGGGAUACGCGGCAAGUCGAAACAGAUCCGGCAUAUCUCGUUGAUAUGAGGGAUUCAAGAGACAUCUCUGGCUCAUUGGCGAGUCCUCUCAAUUCACCCAUCAUGUUGGAAGAAGCCUCCACGCCGAGGUCAGGCGGUAUGGUAUUAUCUCGCGGGGGCUUUUUCCAAAGUCCGGCAAUGAAUUAUCCAAUGAGUCCGGGACUCUUUGACGACAGCGGACGCGAUGAAGAGGUAGAUCCUUGGCAUGGUCGCGAUGUCCGUGUGCGCAGCGACGGCAGUAUCGUCCACAAAGAAACAGCAGCAGAAGUCUACAAUCGACCCGCUCAGAAGGCGAUGCCGUCCUUUGCAGUACGGUCACAAAGUAUGCAGAACUUUGGCCUCGGUCUCAGCAGCCAAGGUGAGUACGCUGCGACACCGCGGCGCUUCUCGCAGGCGCUUGUGCACUCGCAACAAGGAUCGCCUGUCGAUGUGCGACAAGUCGUUGAGGCUGCUGGAAUCCGGGUUUCUUCGAUCGCAGCUCCGGAACGCAGGCUGCACUGACGUUCCAAUACUUGAGUGUGCGAAGCCAUCUCAGCCAUGUA